GUGAGCGCUUACAGGUGGGUUAACAGGACAGAUUAAUGAUGUGGUCUCCCGUGCUGUUUUUGUUCCUUGUCUUAACGGACAUCGUGGACGCACAUAAAUCUAAAGGCUGUUUCCCUGAAGCUGAGCUGCCGGCGCGUGCAGUGAAGCUGCUGCACCGCUCGCACCGGAAUGCUGAGUCUAGGCGCGCGGGCUCCGCUGCGAUGUCUUGCGCUGAUUUUCAGCGGCAGGUGUUUUCACCUGAACUCAAGCAUCGCUCGCUGUCACCGUGGAUAAUCAGAGACCAUCACGAUUCUAGUUUGAUUCCUUCGUCGUACCAAGUUGCCCAGUGCCUUUGCGAAGGAUGCAUCAUUAACGGGACUGAGAACACCGACUACAAUUCCGUGCCUGUGUUUCAGAACAUGAUGUUUUUGAAGAAGGUCAAAUGUCCAACGGACUCAGAUAAAUACUCUUUACAAAUUCAUUAUGAAGAGAUUCCAUAUGCGUGUACCUGCGCUGUGCCUAAGCAAUAACCUCUUGUAGAGGCUACAUUUUACUAAGACAAAAAUGUAGAGACGUGUCUCAUAUAUGGUUGUGUUUGUUUUAAAAUGCACAUGUUCUUAGUUAUUUUUCUAAAUAACAUUAUUUACUAUGCUUAUGUUUCAUAAGCUGAGGAAACUGCAAGUUCCUUAUGAAUUUACUAGGCAAUCAAAAUGCCCUGCAAGAUACAAAAUUGCCGUGCAUACACUACUUUUUAUUUAUGUAAUAAUUUAUUAAUUAUUUAUUUAAAUUAUUUGUUUGACUUAAGGUAUAGAGGUUUAUUUAUUUUAAUCUAUUAAUAUGUAUAUAUUAUGUAAUAAUGUUAUUGAUGGCAUUAUCAGAAAAAAAGGUCUAUAAGUGAAAACACUG